AUGUAUUAUCUAUUGCUGAUCACUUUAAUUAGUGCAAUUCUCGGUGCAUCUUCAAUAAAACAACUUGACAAAGUCUUCGAAUGGCGGAAUCUAGAGUUUGGCUUUUCAAGUGAAAGUGAGCGUAAUGCUGCUAUACGAAACGGAAUAUAUAAUCCGGAUACUCCCGUACCCUAUGACAUUGAUGUGUAUUAUCCACCUAAAGGUGGAGCGCCCAGGCACUUCAUUACAACUCCUCGAGAUGAGGAAGGUGUGCCAUAUUCAUUGUCGUAUGUCACGAAAGUCCAGCGAAAAAACGGGAGUGAACUUCAACCAUAUCCCAGCUAUGAUUGGCACAGCUCUAAGGGAAAGGAUUGUGAUGGUCUGACAUCGGCUUUUCGCAUGCACAUCGAUCCUUGUGGUCGAAUGUGGGUUGUCGAUACUGGAUUUAUUGAAUGCCAACAGCGAUGUCCUCCUCAAGUAGUGGCCAUCGAUCUGGCCACCAAUAAGUUAGUCCAUCGCUUUCGUAUUCCCGAAAGUCUAACCAAAGUCAAUGUAAGCAGUUUUGUGACUGUCCUGGCUGAUGUCAGUGAUCCACCUCCACAUGGUAGCUGCAAGCAGACUUUUCUCUAUCUGUGUGACAUCUUAGGGUUCGGCAUCGUGGUGUACGAUGUGGACAAAAGGGACUCCUGGCGCAUAGAGAACAAGUACACACGUCCAAAUCCGAAUUUCAAAAAAUUUACCAUUGCCGGAGAGAGCUUUGAACUCUUCGAUGGUCCAGUUAGUGUAUCUGUGACCCCGCCUGGCUUGGGCGUGAAGCGAAAUCUCUUCUUCCAUACCUUAGCCAAUGACCUGGAAACGUACAUACCCCUGGAUAUCGUUAAUAAUCCCUCCAAAUGGAAGCAUCAACAUGGUCGUUCGCAGCAGAGUGUUAAAGAACUGGGCAGAAGAGGUGUUCAAUGUGCCGCCUCGGCAAUUAGCAAGGAUGGUUUCUGGUUUUGCGUCUACAUGAAACCCAUUGCUCUUUAUGGCUGGAAUAUACGAAAACCGUAUGCUUCAUCCAAUGUGAAAGCUUUGGUGGUAAAUAACGAAACGUUGCAGUUUGUGAGUGGCAUGAAAGUCGUACGACGUCCCAGUGAUGGGCGUGAGGAGCUGUGGAUGCUAUCAAAUCGCAUACAAAAGUCAUUUGGCAAACGAAACUACAAAGAGAUUAACUAUCGAGUACAGCGCAGCGAUAUAGAUUAUUUAAUCCUAGGUCAACUCACAUAA